AUGCGAGCUGCAUCCCCGUCGAGGUCGCAGGCACACGCCCACUCGCGUUGGCUCAAUUCUGCCUUGUGGGACCCAUCUCGCGAGCCUUUCUGUGCCAGAUGUGAACCGCGGCGGGUGGGCAAGGCACAAGGGCGAUGCCGGCCGGGUCUCGCUCGGCCAGUGGCCCAGGAGGCCAGGAGGAGGGCCAGGACCCAGGCAGGCGGGCUGGCCCAGUCCGCAGACGGCAUGGGGAGAUUGCUUCAAGGCGCAACGGCGUCCUUUCUUUUGGCCCUCCUGCUGGUGCCAGGCAAUGCAAAAGCCGCCUGCGACGCGGUGGACGGCGUCGCGCUAAGUGCUGCGGCUGAGGGCGACGGACUGGGGUGUCGGGUUGGGUUGAGUCGGGUCAUCUUCAGCCCCGGCUGGGAGUGA